UUUUAUAUAAGCAGUUAAAUAAAGAAACACUUCCUUCUGGAGUUGUGUCAUAUAAAUUUUAAACAUUGUUUAUUCUAAAACUUUAAUACAUUAUGGCCCAACAACUGGACAGAGAGAGUGCAGCUGAUGCGGAUGUUUUCUUCUCUAAUUAUCGUGGAGGGUUAGCUGUAGCUUAUAAUUUUGAUCCUGGAACUGUUGAUUUUUUUGAACUCAGAAAUGGCAGUAACAUAAUAUGGGCUGUUGAAGAAGAUGACAAGAUUGUCAUUAGUAACGUCGCAUAUCUAAAGAAUAAGAACUUUUUUGAUUCCUUAAAUAAAGAUAUUGCCUUUCGUGAGAAUCCUUUGAGCUUGAAUGAACCAACAUUAGCGAGGACUCAUGCUCAAUAUUUUCCCUAUGUUCACUUAUUGCACAUUGCAAAACGACUCAGUAAGUUAACGGAUAUUCAGAUCAAUAGGAUGAAGAAAGUCUACACUGAUCAAGGGUAUGAACACACUGACGUCCACAACAACUUUAUUAUGGCACAUCUGAUGCACCUAAAUAAGAGUUUUGUAGCUGCCUAUGAAGAAUAUGCAGACUCUUUUUUGGGAAAGAAUAUUAAAGUACGCUUGAGUGAUGUUAAAAGAUCUGAAAGUCAGCCACAAGGUGCUAAACUAUACAAAACUCAGGAGUCAUUUGAAUUUGCUAUGCUUUUAGCCAUACAUGCAUGUGGGAAAUCUUAUCAUGCAACCAACUACAGUACCUAGUAGCAUUUUAUGCAUCCUAUAACAUUAAGGCACCAGAUAUAAUGAGCCAAACUUACUUGACUACACUAUUUCCACCCGACAUAUUGAAAAGUUAUCAGGACUUCCUCCCAGUUAACUUAAGAAGUCACCUGUUAGGAGCUAUACAUCAGGCAAAAUACCCGAAACUUACAGAGUACUUAAAGACAAUACUUCCAUACACGGGCAUGUCUAUUAUUCGAUGUACUCAUGAGAUGCUCACCUCAGGGAAUAUUCUUCAAGGCCAUUUGAGACCCUCUGUUCAAACACAAGCUUUAAUGUUUUCUAAGUGGUACAAGUCAAGGGUUGAUCAUCAUGGGGAUUUAUUUAAAUACAUGUGGUUUUAUUUCCCCAGUGAUUUAGUUGAAGUGGCUCAAGCGAAGUAUCCUGAUCUAUAUGCACUAACACUAGCAUAUGAAAGAGCUUCCGGAAGAAUGGCAAAUUAUCAGAGCAGUAUUCUUGGUAACAUUAAGCUCCACCCAGCCUAAUACCCAUCAUCAGUUCUCUUUUUUUAAAAAUAUUUUUUACAUUUAAAUGUUUU